CGCCGCGCUGUUGGCCGAGCUCUCCCCGAGCGGGGCGCCGGCCCCGGGAGCGGCCGGCGAGCUGUUGGUCCGGAGGGCCGCCCCCCUCCCCCCCCCCCGGCCGGCGCAGUGGGAGGCGCCCGGGCGCGCGCGUCACCCAUUGUUUACAAACCAACGCCAGCGGGCCGAGCUCCAGCCGCGACCGCAGCGCCGGAGCCGCGUGUGCUCGCGCGCGCGCGGGGCGGCGGGCGGGCGGCGGCCCCGGUCCCGCUGCGGCGGCUGCGGCACGGCGGGGACCCGGCAGAGAUGCCGUGCCGCCCGGGCGAGCGCUUCCUGCUGCUGGAGCGCCCGGUCGCCGUGGGACAGGCGGGCUCUAAGGAGGUGGACGCGCUGGUGGCCAAGCUGGGCGAGGUGCUGCAGCUGAGCGCCCAGCGGGCGCCGCCGCCGCCCCGCGCCCCCAAGCACCUGGGGCCGGGCAGCGCCCGCGACCGCGCCGCCCCCUACUCGCCGCGGUGCUGCAGCGGGGCCGGGGCCGGGCUGCUGGCGCCGCGGGGACCGGCCCCGCCGCAAGCUCACUCGCAACACGUUGAGCCUCCGCGGCCGGACCGGAGCGGGCAGCAGCGGGUGACCAAGCAGCUGUGCGGACGGGGCUGGCUGCGGAGCGCCGCCCGCCGGAGGAAGCAGCCUCCGCCGGGGCCGGGCGACGGGCCGGCGGAGGAGGAGGACCCGCACCGGCUCCUGCAGCAGCUCAUCCUUUCCGGCAACCUCAUCAAAGAAGCCGUCCGGCGGCUGCAGCUGGCGGCGGCGGCGGCGGCAGCAGCGGCAUCCGCGGCCUCCAGCGGCAGCGCCUCGGCGGGGAGCGGCGGCGCGGACGGCGAGGCGGCGGCGGCGGCGGUGCAGCCCCUGCAGUAGCCGGCGGGGACGAGCGGCGGCGGUGACCGGGGCGAAGGAGCGCGGCCGCUGGCGGCGGAGCCCCCGCCGGGCGGGUGCGGGAGCGCGGUGCGGGCUCCGCCAGGCUGUAAGUGUGUCCCGGCGGCGGGGCCCCCGGGCCGGUGCCGGUUGGGGCGGGAGGGUGCCCGAGCACCCCCGCCCCAAGGUCACCCGCGGCGCGGACCCCGCGGAGCCCCGGCCGGCGAGGCCGCGCACGCCGCCCGCCCCGAGCUGUUGUUGUGCCCCCCGCCCUGCUCUGCCUUCCCCGGGAGCUCCUCCUUCUCCUCCCCCCGCCGGGGCAACCCGGCCGGGGCCGCGGACCCCCCCGCCGCCGGUCCCCCGCUGCCGCGGAGCUCCUCCGUCUCCCAGGAGCCAUUUGCAAUAAUCCUCGCUGACCCCGGCGGGAGGUGUUUCCCUUCCCCUCCCGGGCUGGUUUGGUUUUUUGUUGGGGGUUUAUUUGUUGUUAUUUUAACGUUUAUUGUUAUUAUUUCUCGUUGUGACUGUAUGAAGCAGUUUUAAAAAAUGUGAAUAUCAAAGCUGGAAGGCAGCUGGACUUAAUAACAAAUGAGUGAAUGGAGCCUGAGAUGCAUUGUUCACAUAAGGUAGCCGAAACAAGUUUUUUCUACCAAAAAGAAAAACCCUGAAUCCACCCUUCCCCGACAAACUCAAUGGCUCAAGUACAAGAUGCAGCUGUUGAUUUUAAAUAUAUGCACUUCGUACCGGAGCGUUUGAAAUGUGUUCCUGAUUUACAGGACUUACUGUCUUAAUUAACCUGUCUGUAUUGAAUAAACGUGGUCUUGUUUUUAUUUUUGGGUCUGCGUCUCAUUGUUAAGGGGAAAUGAAUUCUGGUUCCUGAGAACAAAACUGUGUAGGCACGUUCCCCCUUGGUCUUCUUUCAGUUGUAAGAUCUCCAUUUUGCAAGCAAAAAAAAAAAAAAAAAA